AUGACAUUGGUGGUUGGUCAUUAUUGUGCAACUCCAUGUCAUGCUCAUACCAUGCGGAAUACACAAGAGCUUGACACCUUCUCAGAGUCCUUUGACUUUUCAAACACUGUGAACAUUUCAGAUGUAUCACAAAACGGACUCUUGAAUUAUCCUCUUCAAUUUGGUCGGCCAUUCUUGAAGGGAGAAAUUCCAACUGGUUAUGUUCCAGGCGUUAAAUUGAAUGGAGUACUGAUUGAUUCACAAGCAGAUAUUACCACUCGCUAUGAAGAUGGAUCUGUUCGUUUUGCUGUCCUCUCUGUAGUAUUGCCAAAAAUAGAGAAAGGAGGAAAUGCUACCAUGUGGAUGGUUCCAAUUCUGAAAAGUGCAUCUUCCACUCCAUGUACCAUCUCUGAAAUAUUGACAGCAUUACCAGAUGCAGAUAUUUCCAUCAGUUUGAGUGGAAAUGGAACUGCAACUUUCACAACCGUGAGUGCAAGAAAUUUUAUAUCUCAAAAUUUAUAUUACUGGAAUACCAAUCGAGGUUCCAUUCGAUGUGAACUCGUUGUUGUGGAUCAUCUCACAAGAAGGGCAGAUUUUGGUUUGAAUGGUGGUCCCAAAUCUUUUCGACCAAUUUUUUAUUUUCAUUUCUGGAGAACAAUUCAUCGAUUGAGGGUGAGAGCGGUUUUGGAAAAUUCCAAUUUGGACACCUUACAAGAUGUUUUGUAUAAUGUGACCAUUUCGAAAGGGUAUUCAACAUCUGCUACCAUGGUGUAUUCUCAAAAUAAUGUUCAACAUUUAUUUGGAGCAAGAUGGACGAAAAUAUUUUGGUUUGGUGGUCAAGAACCUGAAUCUCGAGUGAAUUUCGAUUACAAUAUCAAUUACCUGAGUGCCACCUAUUUCAUUCCAAAUUAUCCUAAAAACAACACACAAACAGAGAAACAAAUUGCAAGCUAUUACUCGAAUUGGUUAACAACACCAAGAGGAUUGAUGGAGGCAGGUGUGUGGACACCUUACAUGCCUCAAACAGGUAUGAGAGAUGAUAUAGGAAUCAUGCCAGAAUUCGUUCAUGCAUGGUUGACAUUGGGAGAUUGGCGUUAUCGUGAAAUUUCUUUGAUCAGUGCUGAUUUAGCAGGAGGUUGGAAGAGUCAUUUUCGUGAAAUUGAUUCUCAACUCAAAUUUGAUCGAAAUCAAACGGUGUCAGCUAUUGGUAAACCAAUUUCAUUGAACGCACAUCCUACUUUGUGGUUUCCAGAUAAUUCAGGAAAAUAUAUGGGCGCCCUUAAUGUUCCUCAAUUACCCAACUCAAAGAAUUGGGUAUUCGAUGGCGCUCAUCAACCUGAUCCAUUCUCAAUUCCUUAUAUUUUAACAGGUGACUCGUAUUAUUUGGAAUCUUUACAAUUGUGGGCUGCAAGUGGAAUUAUGAGAAUUAGUAACGGACAAUAUGGACGAGGUAUGACAGGCUAUGGAGGAAUUACUGAACAAGUCAGAGGACAAGCAUGGACAUUCCGUACUCGUUGUUAUGCAGCUCUAUUAUCUCCCGAUGAUUCACAUGAAAAACUCUAUUUCACACAAACAGUUGAAGAUGCCAUUGCCUAUUGGGAAGGUCAACGAGGAGUGAAUGACACUUUGUUUUUAAAUCAUCCAAAUAGACAAUGGGCUGCUAAAAACUCUGCUUUUGUGUGGUCUCCAUUGAGAUUUUGGAGUCGUGAUACCAACACGAAACAAGCAUCGUUAUGGCAAGAAUAUUUCAUGAUUAUCGUUUUUGGUAUGAUGAGAGAUUUGGGAUUUUCAACUCAUGGAAUUUUGAAAGAAUAUCACCAAAUUGUGACCACCCAUGUAGGAGCACCCAAUUAUGAUCCUCGUUAUAUGGGUUAUUAUUGGGCCUAUGUGAUGGACUCGAAUCUCAAUUGGUUUAAAACAUGGGCUGAAUUUAAAACACAAAAUGAUCUUGUUCAAAAUGAUAGUUCCAUAGCAGCAGUGAAUCAAUUUCAGACAGGAGCAUUUCCUGCAAUUGCCGCAACCUGUGCAAGUUCAUUUACUGCCAUGUAUUCUAAUGGACCAGAAACUUGGGAAUUCACACGUUCCUUAACUUUUGACAAAUUUGAUUUGAGUGUCAAUUAUCGUUCAUUCAAAGUGUAUCCAAGAAGUUUUGCACCUCCUCACCCACCACAACCCUCUUCACUUCCUCGACCUUCCUCAAAAUCAAGUAAUGGAACGGCAGUGGCGUCAGACGCUCUUACCACCUCACGUGUGAGCAUGGGACAGUGGAAGAGUGUCAUUGGAAUCAUUUUAAUCAUGGCAUUUAUUGUAGGUUAA